CCCUUGGCUACACCGGACAGCCAACAUCAAACACCCAAACGACUCCCUCCCCACGUCCUCCUUCCCGACUCGGCCGAGGCUCCCUCAGGCCCUCCCGGGUGGCCCUGGCUGCACGGCUGGGAGGGAAUGUGCUCUGAGUUAUGCCGACCUCUUCUUGUCCUGGAAAAAUGCAUGUUGACAUCAAGGGUCCUGGAUCUGCACGGGGAAGAAAGUGCCACUUAAAAAAAACUCUAGCCCGGCUGUGGUAUCAUCUGCAGAGCCUGCCGCCCUUGGAUGUUAGCGGGAAGACUUCGGGGCCGAGCCGGGGGGACUGCGGAAUUAACAGGAACAAAAGCGAGAACGCCAUGCCAAACGUCCCUGACACGACACAGUUAGGCAGGAGCCGGGAGUGAUGGGAAAAUUAACUAGAAUACGAUGAGCUGCCCCAUUACGGCGGGAUGGACGGAGUAGGGGUUCCCGCUUCGAUGUACGGAGACCCUCACGCGCCGCGGCCGAUCCCCCCGGUUCACCACCUGAACCACGGGCCGCCGCUCCACGCCACGCAGCACUACGGCGCUCACGCCCCGCACCCCAAUGUCAUGCCGGCCAGCAUGGGAUCCGCUGUCAACGACGCCUUGAAGCGAGACAAGGACGCGAUCUACGGGCACCCGUUGUUUCCUCUGUUAGCUCUGGUCUUUGAGAAGUGCGAGCUGGCGACCUGCACUCCCCGGGAACCCGGAGUGGCCGGCGGGGACGUCUGCUCCUCCGACUCCUUCAACGAGGACAUCGCCGUCUUCGCCAAGCAGGUCCGCGCCGAAAAGCCCCUUUUCUCCUCAAAUCCCGAGCUGGAUAAUUUGAUGAUCCAAGCAAUACAAGUACUAAGAUUUCAUCUUUUGGAGUUAGAAAAGGUCCAUGAACUGUGUGAUAACUUCUGCCACCGGUACAUCAGCUGUUUGAAGGGGAAAAUGCCCAUCGACCUGGUCAUUGAUGAAAGAGACGGCAGCUCCAAGUCAGAUCACGAAGAACUUUCAGGCUCCUCCACAAAUCUCGCUGACCAUAACCCUUCAUCUUGGCGAGACCAUGAUGAUGCAACCUCCACCCACUCAGCAGGCACCCCAGGACCCUCCAGUGGGGGCCAUGCCUCCCAGAGUGGAGACAACAGCAGCGAGCAAGUUCUCAGACGUUUACGGGAAAGCUCUCGUGGCGUGUUAGACGCCGUUCGUCUCUCUCUGUUUGCGGCGCUCUCAAUAGAGACCAUCUGGCGAGGAUCCAAAAG